AUGACGACCUCGCCGGCCGGCCCGACCUCGGCGAGCCCCUUGGGCGGAGCGGACCUCACAUCCAUUGUUCCACAGGUUGCUGGCGCGAGCUCUGGGAGCACCGCCGGAGCUGCACCUCUGCCCACCGCUGAGCUGCAACCGUCCACCGACUCUGACGGUCUCGAACCCGGCACUGAGACGUCGACAAUCAACCCGUACCUUCUGCAGGUUCUGUCGCGUCCUGGCCGUGGAAGGGGCGUGUUCGCUUCUAGAGAUCUCGCUGCAGGCACGUUGAUUGAGGACGCGCCCGUGCUUGUGAUCACCCAGAAGGAGUGGGAUGAGGGGCGUAUGAACGACUCGAUCCUGGGCGAGUAUGGGUUUUGCUGGUCGAACGGCGGCAUGGCGAUUGGACUUGGCAUGGCCUCCCUGUUCAACCACUCGGCCUCGCCCAACGUCAACUUCAUCCGCAACUCUACAGCCGGCACCAUCGCGUUCCGCACCUUCCGCUCCGUCAAGGCCGGCGACGAGUUGUGCAUUUGCUACUCUGCCGACGAGUCCAAGCUGUGGUUUAUGCCCACACAGGGCAAGAACGAGACUACCGCCAGCGACUCUGAAGAGGACAUGACCGCUGGUCUUGGAGCCCUCGAGCUCAGCGAUGACGAGGGAGCAGCGGCGGCCAAGGCUGUGAAGAAGGCCGAACGCGAGACCCGGAGACAGCAAGGUGGAAAGACCCACUCGGCACGCGACCAGAGGCGAGCGCGCUACCUGGAGAAGAUGGCCGCCAAGGGCGACCAGGGAGUCAAGGAGGCCGAGGCCAAGAGCGCACAAGAGGUGGCUCCUGGUUCACAAGAUGCCAAGGCUAUUGUCGCCCCGACUCCCGUCCACGCGUCGUCGUCGUCCUCAACAGUGAUCGCCUCCGAGGCCAAGCCCCGACACAACCGCCCAAUUGUCAAUGCUGAUCUCCCCCCUCCCUUGCACUCGCAAGGUUCGUCACGCCAUCGUCAUGUCGGUCCCGUGGUCCUCACACCCGACCUCGAGUGGGAGCCCACCGCAGGAGCCACCCUUACUGAGGACCAGUACGCGCUGCUGCAGCGCGCGCGUGGACCUGUCGAGGUAGAGGAGGACGCCGACAAUGACAACACGGCAAUGAUGUCUGUGUGGGCUGUUGAGGUGCACGAACCAAAGCUCACACGCUACAUUUUGGACUUUUCCAAGCAAAUCGUCGAGCCCCGCAUGCGUCACCUGAAGCGUGUGCGUAAGCGUGUGGACGAGGCGGGCGAGCACAACUACAUCGCCCUGGCUAUGGUGGACACGAUGAGCGGCGACGAGCUGCAUAAGGCUCUCGCAGACUUCAAUCCGGUGUUGGCCAACCUGGUCCCCAUUGCGUUUGAGGUGCCGCGCUCCGCGGCGCGUACGCAGGAACAGCUGCGCGAGCGCAACCUCACCUGGCCCGUCUUGUUCUCUCCUGCCGCGCCGCGUCCCUCUGAUGCGCGCGGCAUGCCGCCCGCCAAGCUCGAGUGGGUGCGCGCAGGCAUCAACCGUAUCCUCCGCGACGCCCGCAAGGCCCAGGCCGCCGGCGACCUCCCCGUCGCCGUCUUUUGCACAUCUCCGCCCGAAUCCAUCUGGCCAAACAUCGACAUUACAGGCUUCAUCCCCCCGACCCCCGGUCUCCGCGCGGCCGCUCACGACACCCGCGUGUCCGAGAACCACCCGCUUCGCCACGCCGUACUCAACUGUAUCGCCGAGAUUGCGCGUCUGCGCACCGUGCCGCCCUUCUCCGAGCUCGUCCCGCUGAGGAACGGCGCUGACUACCUCCUCACCUCGCUGUCCUUGUUCGUCACCCACGAGCCCUGUGUCAUGUGCACAAUGGCCCUGCUGCACUCGCGCGUGCGUGAGGUCUUCUUCGUCUACCCGCGAAAGCGCGCCGGUGGGUUUGAGAGCAGCUACGGCGUCCACUCGCGCCGUGACCUCAACCACCGGUUUGACGCGUGGAGAUGGUGUGGCGAUCUCGUCGAGGAGGAGCUUCCCGUCGCGGACGAGAUUGAGAUCUAG